GCUUUUCACAUGAUCUGUAAUCUCUCACAGAGGAGAGACACAGGAAUGUGCAGAGGAGCGACAGCAGCGAUGGCCGAGCGAAGCCACGGUCCCUCCAAGGUGCGUUUACUUUACACCGCGACCAUCUGGGUGACAUUUGUCCACUGCACCGCUGGGAUCCCCUGGACACAAGAAAAGCUCCAUCACCGAGCUGCCACUCUGACACAAGAUGAGAUCCGUGUCGCCCUGUCUCACACCGACCUGGAGCAGAUGUGGCAGAGGGACCUGAGGCCGCUGCUGGUCACCAGGUACCCAGGCUCUGCAGGCAGCCAGGCCGUGCAGCAGCAUAUCACAACCACCCUCGGUGCCCUCGGAGCAGGCUGGGAGGUGACGGAGGAUAAGUUUGUGUCACAAACACCCUACGGCCAACUCCCCUUCACUAACAUAGUUGCCACCCUCAACUCGUCAGCUAACCGCCGCCUGGUUCUGGCCUGUCACUACGACUCCAAGUACUACCCACCACAAUGGCACGGGAGGGAGUUCCAAGGCGCCACUGAUUCAGCCGUUCCCUGUGCCAUGAUGUUGGAGCUGGCACGCGCCCUGGAUGAAGAACUGAAAGCUCAUAAGAGCACUAAUCCCGACCUGACCCUGCAAAUGCUGUUCUUUGAUGGAGAGGAGGCUCUGUUCCAGUGGACCUCCACAGACUCCCUUUAUGGCUCUCGCCACCUGGCCCAGAAGAUGGCGACCACCCCACAUCCCGCCGGAGCCACGGACACAAACCAACUGCACGCUAUGGAUCUGUUUGUGUUGCUGGACCUGAUCGGGGCCCCCGGACCAAGCUUCGGCAACCAGUUCCCCAGCACAACGCACUGGCUCUCCAGACUGCAGAGCAUUGAGAAGCGUUUACACUCCAUGAACCAGCUUGUGGAUCAUCCUAACAACGAGCAAUAUUUCUGGCCCAAUGUACCUGUUGGCCACAUACAAGAUGAUCAUAUACCAUUCCUAAACAGAGGUGUAAGCGUCCUCCACCUAAUCCCCUCUCCGUUCCCGUCUGUGUGGCACACGUUUGAUGACAACGAGCAGAACCUGGAUCGCUCCACCAUUCAGAACCUCAACAAGAUCAUGCAGGUUUUUGUUCUGGAGUACCUCAACGCCAGACCUGCCAUCCCUUCAAACCCAAAGAAUGCCCCAUAAAAAAAGGGCAUACUUAUUCGACAACUUUCUUUCUUUUGAUGUUUCACUGUAGUAAAGAUCUUCAGCUGUUGUUUUACAGACUGAAAGAAUAGACUGUAUUUAAUGCUGUUUCAACGCCAACAAAAUGUAGAACUUGACAAUUAAGAUGUGAGGUUGAGACUCGACUCUGUACAUCAGAUGUGUGCAGCUGCAGAAAAUAUUUCACAUAGAGAAUAUGUAAGUUUUUUUAUCUUGAAAUCUUGGUCUAAACAUAUUUUUGCCCAUGUACUUACAAAAAUAAAAUGUAAUUUCUUCCUAAAUGAGUUCAUAAAAGGCUUCAAGACUCAGCUUAAAUCCCCAGCAACAAGAUCAGCACACAGAAUCUUCUGUGUGUGUUUUUUUUUACCACACUGCUCUCUUUAUAUCAGCCUGAAACGCUCCUCUACACUGUGAUGAGGCAUCUUAGUGUCAGUGGUGAUGUCUAGGAUCUGGUGCCCCAAAGAGAAGGAAAGGAGCAGUGCAGGGGUAAAGGAAAAUGAUAAUUGUGAACAUUUCAAAUGCUAUGAUUCCCUUUAUUAUUUUUCACUUUAAGUUACUGGGCAACAUUGAAGUACAUGAAUGCAUUGCAAGUCCAAAAUCUGUGUUAAUUUCAUUAUGAAUUGCUGUGGGGACAACUGUAGCCUUAAAAAAAACACUUGCUUAAAGUCAUGUAAUAGCAACCAAAGUCUCUGAUCUGUCAUGUUGUGUGAUGAAUAUAUAAGAUAUGACAAUCCACACUAUCCUACCAAAACGCAUGGGGCGGAGUGUAUGGCGACACACAUGAAAUGGUGACACACUGUGGGUUUUAGCUACAGGGUACAUGACGUUUCCUCUCCUGCAGUAAACUUUUGAGAGCAAACCUGUCAGGGGCAGGAAGUCGCUUCAUUUUAUAUUCUUUUGUCUACAUCUUCAGCCCUUCAUAUCCUGUCAUCUUAGAUAGUGAAGUGGAUAACUUCCUGUGUGGAUGUUUUGCCUGCCUUUGUUUAUAUGUGGCAUUAUUAUCCCCAUCUUAAUGUAGAUCCCAGAAUAAUAUACACUGCCAAAACUGGAGGUCCUUUAUUUUGAGGGUGAAAUAAAUGUUGACUCAGAAUACAAGCCAGAUCAUGCAGAGUUUGCUUUUCUAUUUUGGGAGCUGUGAAUAACAAAGUUGCUCUGAUUCAUGCUCCUUGUGAUUCUUUAAUGUGACCUUUGUCAUGAGGAAGUUUUAACUAUUUUGUUAAUUUGAACCUAAAACAACUAUAGGGUUACCGCAACUGAUAUUCAAGUUUCCCAGUUGCCAUCUCUUCCUCAACAGACCAAACACCACUUUCAUUCCCUCCGCCUCACCUCGACAAUCCCAUGAUUCACUUAAUCCUAUCUGGGAGGACCUCCCCUGAAUCCCACACCAGCCAAAUCCUCUGAAAUCCAGCCCACUCCCAUGAGAACUCACCCUGGAUCUGAGUCUCCCGAUUGUCAGUCAGAAAUGUUUGGGGUGCCUGGCAACGGUGUACACAUAAACAUACUGUAUAUCUUAUCUUGAAGGAGAUUAAAAGUAUAAGAGCUUCAAGGGGCAUUAGACACCAAAAACUACAAUUUGUUGUAUGGUUUCCACACAACCUCCGGUAAAACUGUGUUUUAAUGUUUUCUUGUAAACGCUGGUUAAACUUUGUAGAGACAUGCCGUGUAUUAAUAGAGAUAUCUUUUUUUUUAAUAAUGUG